GCGCUGCGCAGCAAUGAUGAUCUCGAACACCUCUAUGUCUGAGUAUCUGCGCAGGAUCGUAACGGCGCUGCUGUAGGCUAAAUACAAACAAUAAUAUAUCGCUGCAGUUUAGGUAUUUUCAUGCUAAAAGGAAUGUCGAGUUGUUCGUUUUUUAAACGCCAUGUGAACACCUGCGUAUUAAAUGGACAAUAUGAAAAGUGCUUUGGAGUCUAAUUUAAUAGUUAUAAUAAACGAGCUGUCGCGGCCUACUUAGCCCUCCGUCGCCCAUCCCCGGCCUUAAUUUCGCGCAGUCGCUGGAUCGUAGUGCCGCUUCAGGCGAAGGUGUUCGUUCAUUUUUAUUGGGAAAUCGCUUCAUUUAAUACGUUUUUCUCAAACGGCUUUUUGUUGCAACAACGCUGAUGAGAAGGUAACCUUAGUAUCACCUAAGUUUACCUAUGUUAGUAUGUAAUGCUGCAAAACCAACGGGAUUUAAAUGCAGCCUAACCUACCAAAAUUAAUCGGUAUCUUAAAAGGGGAAUUAGCGUGUAACAAAAUACGUCUUUUGUGACCGGGUGUUCUGGAAUUUUUAAUUGAGAGAAUUUGGGGGGAAAUACUGCUAACAGAUUUUAUGCAGAAUCAUAGGCGUCGCUUUCUAAUUUUCGUGCUUGGCAUUGAGUUUGCAUAGGAUAACAACAACGUGUGUGGAUUACAUUUUAGCAAGGUAUAUUUACGGUUAUUGCAAAACAGCCAUGUCUUUGGUAGCGUAUGGUAGUAGUGAUGAGAGCGACAAUGAAGACUCGCCAAAAUCUUUGGGAGCCGGAGGCAGGAGCGCUGGACUUUUUGCGAGCCUCCCUGCACCUAAAAAUCCCAGUGCGGAGGGUCUCAGAGACGCUGGAGCAAAUGUCCCGCAACCUCGAGAUGUUCCGCAGAUCUCCGGGGCCACGCAGCUUACGGCGGUCCCCAACCCCAGCCAGAAGUCGGACUCUAAAGGCAACGAAGACACAUUAAGUCUGGGGUUUCCCCCUUCAAGAGGUACGUUGAGUCAAGAGUCGUCGACUGGACUACUUUUAAAUUUGCCUAAACCGAAGAAGCGCACGGAACCAGUGAAAAUUACCAUUCCUGAAAUUCAGAGAGGCGACUCAGAUUCAGAUGAGGAUGAACCAGCGAAGAAGAAGGUACUGCCUCAGGGCUCUGGUGGCGGCCUCUCAUCUCUCCUGCCUCAGCCACGGAAUCUGGUCCUCAAGGAAACCCAGCGGCCCUUGGUGCCGCACACCCUCACCAAGCGUCCUCAGGAAUCCAGGACACCGGCUCGCUCGCUGGGUGCCACCCCGGCUCCGGGGGUCAGCGCCUCACCCUCAGCUAUCAAGGCAGCGGCCAAGUCUGCCGCCAUGCAGCUGGCACGGCAGAUGGCGCAAGAGGAGGACGGCAGUGACGAGGAGGUGGCCCCCGAAAACUACUUCUCCCUGCAGGACAGCGCGGAGCCACCCCCAGCUACCCCGGUUUCUGACCCCGAGCCCUCUGCUGCCUCUGUCCUGCCCCCACCCCCAGGCAUGGAGGCCCCCUUUCAGUCAGAUGCCCCUCUAGAUUUUGGUUCCGUCCCACAGGGAUGCACGAGACCUAGUAGUACCUGGGAAGGGCAGGAGAUGGAUUCAUACUACCCUCAGUACCAGGAUGCCACUGGUCAAAUUCCAGCAGCGGAUGCAUUUUCCCAGGAGUACUACUCUGGGGACUACUACCAGGAGUCUGAGAGUGGCGUGACAGGAGAGGAAGAAGCCGGUUCAUCGUCCCUGUUUGACGAUGAGGCGUUCCGGCGACUCCAGGGGAAGAGGAACCGGGGAAAAGAGGAAGUGAAAUUUCUCGAAAUAAAGGGAGACGACCAGCUCAGUGGGAGCCAGCAGUGGUUGACCAAAAAUAUGACUGAAGAGAAGGAGCAGCGCAAGUCGUUCAGCAAGAAAAAAGGAGAGCAGCCCACAGGACAGCAGCGGCGUAAGCACCAAAUCACGUAUCUCAUUCACCAGGCAAAGGAGCGGGAACUGGAGCUGAAGAACAGCUGGGCCGAUAACAAACUGACCCGUCGGCAAACGCAAGCCAAAUACGGCUUCUAGUGACCACUGUUUGAGUGGGCAGGAAGUAGCCUGGUUUGGGGCGGCUAAACUGGAAGAACACAUUAAAACUAAAGUAGUACCCCUCAGCUUGGGUCAUAUUUAUAUAUGAGGUUUAUUGUUAUAGGGGCUCAGUGUUGCAUCUUAUUGACCUGAUAGAGCAGUAUUUCCCAACCUGGUCACUGCGGUCACACAUAUUCCACAUUUUUGCUCCUACCCAGUUCCGCUAGAUCAAAAACAUGGACCGUCUGUGGGUACCUGAGGAGCAGGUUGGGAAGUACUGAUAGAGGAUUAGACUCCUCAGGCAUCUGCUCCCUUUGUCUGCCUGUUUCCCCUCUUUACGUUUGUGUAAUUCUACCAUUUAGUUUGGCUUUUUUUUUUUUUUUUUUUUUUUUUUUUUUUUUUUGGUACUCUGGCACUGUUGAAGCUAUAGGGAGGGGGAAAAAAAAAAAUUCACAUUCUAACUUUGGAAUUUCCUGGACUUGUGUAGAUACAUGUUGUGGAAGUCAAAUUGUUGAUAGACUUAAUCCUGGGUUGGUUCUUGUGGCUCUAGUUAGUCAUACAGAACAAAUUUAUUGGUUAAAGUAAGGUUCCCUUGAACUGUCCUGAGGGACUGCUCUAACAAAAAACCAUUGAUACUCCGAUCUCAGAUGUUGGUGAUAGACAAUCCAAUUACAGGCAGGAUGACAGUAUUGCUGGCCUAGCAGCAGCAUGGAGAGUCCUGCUACUCAUGGCUCUAUUCCUUCAACACUUCAUGCAGUGCAGGGUCACUGGAAGCCUGGAGCACAUCCCGGAAAGCAAGCUGUUGGACACACUGGAUGGAAUGCCAGUCCAAUAUCUCUGCAAUUUAGAAUAAACUUGUGUGGAAACGGGGAGAAUGUGAAAACUAAUGUAUCCGAGAACAUGCUGCAGUUCUCGGAACCACUCUGCUAUAUUUUCAAAGCAGUAAAAACCUACAAAUGUUUGUCAAGUGAUAACUAAACAUGGACUUGGGUGAAGAUGUAUCAGCUGAAAUUAAAUGUAUAAAAGCA